GGAUCUAUGCUUUGCUCAAGUGUAAUCCAUCUGUCAAAACAAUCGAUUGCCGGUGGUUUGUUUUGUUCCAUAUAAAAUAUUUAAUUUUUAAAAGUAAUUAUGGUUAUAUUUUUAAAAUAAAAAUAUUUGACAUAAUGGACUUUACCCCCUUAAAAAGUCAAGAAUUCGAUGUUAACUCUUGGAUUCAUCAGAUUUUUAAGUCUGAUCAAAAUCCACCCGAAGCUGCUGAUUUAGAGGAAAUAUUUAACCGAUUUUCUACCCAGUUGGACAACGAAAUUAGCAAGACGACGGCGCAGAUAAAUGCGCUCAGUCAACAAGUGGUGGUGCAAGUCCCUCGUGUGGCAAGAGAAUUCGAGCAAACUCACAAAGAAGUUAACAAGUUACAAGAGGAAAUUACUGCAGGAUUUAACGAAGCUGAAAAUGUCCAGAAAAAGACAACUGCGUCAAUGACCACGUUGGAAAGAUUAGAUAACAUAAAGUCAAAUUUGCUGCAAACCUCUGCAGCCCUUCAAGAAGCAGACAAAUGGACAUCGCUGGGCAAGGAAAUUGAUCAACUGCUGGAUUCUGGCGAUGUCCAUAAAUCGUACGAGUGUAUUCUCGGAAUGGAGAAAAGUUUAGCUGUUUUGGAUCAAUCUACUUCGGAAGAAAGGAAACUGAUUUUGGAAGAAGUGAAGAACAGAUUGGAAGCACUAGCGACAAAGCAUAUCAUUCAAGCUUUUGAGACAAACGACAUGGAUAACGCCUCGAGGUUUUUUGUAAUGUUUUCAAAGUUAGAAAGAACCACCCAGUACAUAAAGUAUUUUGAAAAUUCCGAGAAAAUCAAAUUGACACAAGAAUGGCGGAAUUAUGUCGAGCUACUAAGUUUUAAAGAAGCAAUAACCAAAUUUUAUGACGACUUGAUGGAUCAUUUACGUUCAAAGGUUCAAUGGUGCAAAGUUAUAUUUACAAACGAAAGUGAUGAAUUCGCCUUGAACGUGCUACUCGGAUUGUAUACGGAAACAAUUGGAAUGCUGGAACCGUCAGUUCAAUACUGCUUUGAUGUGGAAUCCAGGAAGGAACCGUUUUUGGAUCUGUUGCUUCAAUUCAAUCAAAUCACACAUCGAUUUGUGCAAAAUUUACGACAAUACAUUGAAGCAAAUUGUAACGCUAAACCCAAACCUGGAGUCCUGCUGGGGUUACUCAAAGUACUAUUUUCUCCCUUUAUACCACAAUACCCAAAGUAUUCCUCAUAUCAUGAGAAGCUAGUGGUGGCUAAAAUUCAGGAAGCUAUCAAGAGUAGUAUAACCACCGGAAAUUUGACUACCACUGUGGAUGCAAGUGCUCUACUUCAAGAAAGAAUUGAUUGUGCCAAACGCCUACUUCCCGAAAUUAUUUUGAGCGUGAAGGAAGGAGAAGAAAAAAUCCUCAUGCUGAAUCACGGUUACGGUUAUUACCAUUUUGGUCGUGGUAUCAAUGCUGGAUUGGAAAAAUUUCGCGAUUGGUGCUUUGAAGUCUUUAGAAUCCUAGAAGGGACAACUGGUUCGCCUGAAAAACAAAGGAGCUUACUUGAAAAUUCAUUGUCCUUUGGCGAAGCAUGUGGUGAGAUUCUGGAACAAGUUUCUCAACUGGACAAAAAUAUGACAGCCAAUUGCACCAGGAUUAUAACAAAACUGAAUACAUCCAACCAAUGUGAAUGGGAAGCAUUUUCGGAAAUAUAUUUGAACAAGUCUCUACUUCAGGAAGUAAAUCUGUUCUUUCAAAAGAAAGAAACACUUUUAUCGUCCGCAAUAGUUCAACUCAAGAAAUUGUGUAAAGACACGACUCAACUGAUUCUCAAAGUUACUGCGGAGCCAAUUGAGAACCAACUAAAGAAAAAUUUUGUUUUGAGCGACUGCAAUUUGAAAGAGGCCAUUCCAAGCGAGUACAUUACACAGGUUGGUGAGUACCUCAUGUUGCUUCCUCAGAAUUUGGAUCCGUUUAUUACAUCCGAAGCAUCGUCCUUAGCACAUGCCUUUGAUCAAACUGGAGAAGAUGAAAUCAAGUCCCCAGUUGAUUAUAUUCUAUCCAAUAUCAGUGUAAGCAUUUGUGAAGCUUAUGCAGAUCGACUUUUAAGAAUCACUUACUUGUCAGAAGGUCAAGCAAAGCAACUUUCUCAAGAUAUCGAGUAUCUCAGCAGUGUGUUAGAAGAUCUUGGAGGACAAUUAACGCCGGAUCUCGUAGACUUUUCAAAAUUGAUGAAGAUGUACUAUACAAUUAAUGCGACAACUACUGUCGACAAAGUUUCUCCUCGAAUAUUGAACAUUGUGAAAAAGAUGAGAAUUGCUCCGACGCAAUAAUGACAAUGUCAUGCAAAUUACACUAUGUGUCUUAUUUCCUGUGAAUGAUAGAUAGAUCUAGUCGUUGUAAAUAAAUCAAACAUUUUUAAAACUCACAAA